CAUGAAACUAAAAUUAUCCGGGUAGGGAAUUUGUAUAAACAUAUAUAUAUAUAUAAACAAGGCGUUUCUCUUUUUUCUUUUUAUUUAUUCCCCCUAUUAACUAACAAUGCCUGAAUUUCCCAAUAACAAUACUUCAUUUGUACUUCAAAAAGUGAAUGAAAUCACAUUUGAAGAUAGACCUAUUCCUAAACCUGGUCAUGGAGAGGUCAUUGUGAACAUUAAGGCUACUGGUAUUUGUGGUUCCGAUGUGCAUUAUUGGAAACACGGUCGUAUUGGACACUUUGUCUGCCAUGGUCCUAUGGUCCUUGGCCAUGAAUCAGCAGGCAUUGUUGCUUCUGUAGGAGAAGGCGUCACGCAUCUCCAAGUAGGUGAUCCAGUGGCCCUUGAACCCGGUGUCCCUUGUCGUAACUGUGAGAUGUGCAAACAUGGUAAAUACAACUUGUGUCCAGACAUGGUCUUUGCUGCCACACCUCCUUAUGAUGGCACACUCUGUCAAUUCUAUCGACACGCCGCUGAUUUCUGUUACAAGCUACCUGAUCAUGUCUCGUUUGAAGAAGGUGCGUUAAUUGAACCUUUAUCGGUCGGUAUUCAUGCCACGCGACGUGGUGAAGUCAAAUUGGGGAUCGUGUCUGCUGCUGCUAAAGCCGCGGGUGCCUCUCAUGUGACCAUAGCCGAUAUUUCUGAAACUCGCUUGACAUUUGCUCAAUCGUACGUGGCUGAUGCUGUGAUUCAUAUGACAGCCAAACCUCCUCAAGGCGAUACCAAUGCAUUUGCACAACAAGAAGCAACCAGAUUGUUAGAAAAGACUUUACCUUGUGAUGUCGUGUUUGACUGUACGGGUGUUGAAGUGUGUGUUCAAAUGUCUGUCUUUCUUGUGAAAAACAGUGGUCGUAUUGUACUUGUAGGCAUGGGUGCCUCUGUUCAAUCGAUUUCUGUUGCUGAUGUAUCUGCUAGAGAAGUCGAUGUGAAGGGUGUGAUGCGAUAUUGCAAUACAUAUCCUACUGCCAUUGAAAUGUUGGCGAGUGGUAAAAUUGAUCUCACCUCAUUAGUGACACACCGUUAUUCAUUCAAGGAAUCUUUGGAGGCUUUCAAGCACGUAAGCGAAGGCCGUGCAGGCACAGUCAAGGUGGUUAUCUUGAAUGAAUAAAUAUUUUUUGUGUGUAACAGGCAUGAUUCAAGCAAAAUCGCUUUUUAUUACACAAAAAGACACGCCAUUAUUAUGUCAUCAUAAAUGUUGACUAUUUAAUAAUAAAAAAAGACUUUUCUUUUAUUCUUUUCUCUUUA